AUGGCGACCAGGAGUCAGAGCGACCUAGACCUCUUCCUCAGCGCGUCAUCCUGCCCACCCUCAACCAUAAGCACCUUCUUCCAUCCACAGCACUUGCUAACGAGGUACCACUACACCGACGCAUCCACGCAUUCGUGCGCCGCGUGCGAGCUCACAGUCACGGGCGCCGGCUACAGCUGCGACGAGUGCGGGUUCAACAUCCACGAGGCUUGCCUGAGCCUCCCGCUGCUGGUGGACUUCGACGGGCACCCCGGCCACCAUCUCACUCUCACCCGUCUGGGAGCCAGCCGCUGGUGCGACGCCUGCAGGGAGACCUCCGGCGCAGGGCGCUACAUGUACCUCUGCGCGGCGUGCAACUACGACGUGCACCCGAGGUGCACCUCCCUUGUUGCUGCUCAGCAGGGUGAGAGACGACGACGGAGAAGGGGCAAAACCAGAACUGUCAUCAAGGUCGGCGUCAUUGGCUUCAGGGUCGUCGAUUUACUGACCGGUGGUUUCAUGUCGCCAGUACUCGACAUCAUAGACGCAGCGGUUGGUAACUAACAAAAAGAAAACACUUUUCCUAAAUGUCAUGUGCAUGAAAAUUUGAUUUACAUCAGGCCACGUGUUGGCCGUGUGUGGCACACAUCCACAUUGUAUUUAUUCUCUUGUGGGUUAUUUAGAGUUUGUCAAUUGUCUUUGUGUUAUUACAAUAUAUUAAUGUUUUGUCCUUGUC